GCAAGCAGAUGUUUUGCCUCUGAAGCCAGUUCUUAGCGCAUUCGGACAAGGUAUUCUCUCAGUGAAUCGUGCAAAGUGACGGCAAAGAGAAGAAACUGCCUCCGGGUUGGGUCUGGAGGAGACAAAGACAGUUUAGUGUUUGCAGAGUGAUUCACAGAAGCGACGAGCGCGAGGCACCACUUCAUUUCCUCCACCUGUGAUGCGUUGUUCUGAGCAACGAGGACGCACGAGCGGGAUACAGAUGGCCACAGAACGGCACGAGGAUAUGUGCUGAGGACAAGAAUUGGGCGUUGUAAAGAAAAGGCGUAAAGUGCCACAGUGGACACUCCUCGGACCUGCGCCAGCCCCGCGCGCUCUGCUCUUUCUCCGCGCUUUGCCUCUUCAAAGUUGGUUGAUUAAACCGCACCAAGAUGCCCUCACUUCUGGGCCCCUUUGUCCGCUCCAGACUCGGCGCUACGCUCCUCGUGGUCUGGCUCCUUCUCGACGGCUUCACCUGUGACGGUUCGGAGCACGCCGCCACGUCCACGCUGCCGUCCUCCUUCACAGACCUGUUUCCUCACUUCCUGGUGGAGCCGGAGGACGAGUUCAUCGUGAAGAACAAACCUGUGACGCUGACGUGCCGCUCCACCCCCGCCACGCAGAUCUACUUUAAGUGUAACGGAGAGUGGGUGCACCAAGACGACCACCUCAUCGAGCGCUCGGUGGAUCCAAACACAGUGCUGCCCGUGAUGCAGGUGACGAUAGAGAUCACCAGACAGCAGGUGGAGAAGGUCUUCGGUCUGGAUGAAUACUGGUGUCAGUGUGUGGCGUGGAGCACUACGGGAACCCAGAAGAGCCAAAAAGCCUACAUCCGGAUCGCUUACCUGCGAAAGAACUUUGAGGAGGAACCACAGGGUAAAGAGGUGGCAUUGGACCAGGAGGUGUUACUGCGCUGCCAUCCCCCCGAGGGAGUGCCACAGGCCGAGGUGGAGUGGCAGAGAAAUGAGGACGUUAUUGACCCAGCGAGCGACCCCAAUUUUUUCAUCACCGCUGACCAUAAUCUCGUCAUCAAAAAGGCGCGGCUGGCGGACACGGGCAACUACACAUGUGUGGCCAAAAACAUCGUGGCUCGCCGCAAGAGCACGUCAGCCACGGUCCUGGUCUACGUCAACGGCGGCUGGUCCACGUGGACUACCUGGUCGUCCUGCAGCGCCGUGUGUGGGCGGGGCUGGCAGAAGAGAAGCCGAAGCUGCACCAAUCCCACGCCCCUGAAUGGAGGGACUUCCUGUGAUGGGCAGAGCGUCCAGAAAAGUGCCUGUGUGGCCACCUGUCCAGUGGACGGAGGCUGGAGCGAGUGGAGCAAAUGGUCAGCGUGUGGGGCAGACUGCUCCAUGUGGAGGACCAGAGAGUGCACCCAGCCCACACCUGGCACGGGGGGCAAAGACUGCCAAGGCCUCGACAUCCAGUCCCUCAACUGCACCAGCGAGCAGUGCCCCCAGACUGUGAGUGGAGCUGAAGACGUGGCGCUGUACGUUGGCAUGGUGGCGGUGGCGUUGUGCCUGACGCUGCUCCUGAUCGUGGUGGUCCUGGUGUAUCGCAGGAAGAAGGAGGGUCUGGACGCCGAUGUGGCCGACUCGUCCAUCCUCACCACUGGCUUCCAGCCGAUGGGCAUCAAGCCCAGCAAGCCAGAAAAUUCCCAUUUGCUCACGAUCCAGCCUGAUCUAACCACAACCACCACAAGUUAUCAAGGCACGCUGCGAUCCCGGCACGAGGGAACGGGGAAGUUCUCCAUGUCCAACGGCCCGCUCUUGGACCCGCUCCCGAACGGCUCACACACGCUGCACAAUGGGAAGCUAAACCAGGACCACGCAGAGUUUGUGAGCCGCUUGACCACUCAAACCUACUUCAAAACACUGCCUCGGGACAUCGCCAAUGCCUCCUAUGGAACGUUUAACUUUCUGGGAGGAAGGCUGACCAUUCCCAACACAGGAAUCAGCCUGCUCAUCCCUCCUGAGGCCAUCCCCAGAGGCAAGAUCUAUGAGAUUUACCUCACCGUGCAGAGAAGAGAAGAUUUAAGGCUGCCCCUGGCCGGCUGCCAGACUCUGCUGAGUCCAGUUGUGAGCUGUGGUCCUCCGGGGGUGGUCCUCAGUCGCCCUGUGAUCCUCAGCAUGGACCACUGCUCCGACGCAUGCCUGGACAACUGGGCUGUGCGACUCAAGAAGCAGAACUAUGACGGUGCCUGGGAGGACGUCCUGCUGAUGGGCGAGGAGCCGGUGGCAGAGCCCUAUUAUUGCCAGCUGGAGGCGGAGACGUGCCGGCUGUUUGCGGAGCAGCUGGGCACCUUCGCUCUGGUGGGAGAGUCUCUUCACAUGGGUGCUGCCAAACGCCUCAGACUGGUGCUGUUCUCAGACGCCUACUGCUCCACACUAGAGUACAACAUCCGGGUGUACUGCAUGGAUGAUACGCAGGAUGUGUUCAAGGAGGUGAUGGAGAUGGAACGGCAGCUCGGUGGGCGCCUGAUUGACGAACCCCACGUUUUGCUUUUCAAAGACAGCUACCACAACCUCCGCCUUUCCAUUCACGACAUGCCCCAGGCGCACUGGAGGAGCAAACUGUUGGCGGGAUACCAGGAGAUCCCCUUCUACCACAUCUGGAACGGGUCCCAGCGGUACCUGCACUGCACGUUCACUCUGGAGCGCCUGAGCUUGAGCACCUGCGAGCUCACCUGCCAGCUGUGCGUUUGGCAGGUGGAGGGGGAGGGCCAGACGUUCAGCCUCGACUUCAACAUCGCCAAGGACACCCGGGCCCUGGACUCAGAGUUUAUGCUCAUGGACAGCAGCAGCACAGCCCUGGCCGGUCCCAGCGCCUUUCAGAUCCCGUACCUCAUCAGACAGAAGAUCUGCAGCAGCCUGGACGCCCCCUGCCCCAACGGAGCUGACUGGAGAAUGCUGGCACAGAGACUUAAACUGGAGAGACACAUGAGUUUUUUUGCAUCCAAAGCAAGCCCCACCUCAGUGAUCCUGGACCUUUGGGAGGCGCAGCAUUUCCACAGCGGCAACAUCAACCAGCUGGCCACCGUCAUGGCCGACAUCGGCAAACAGGAAGCCAUGAUAUUCCUGGUCUCAGAUGGAGAGUGCUAACCCAAAAACUGUUGGAACUAUUGUUUAAAUGGGGAAAUGUUCAAGUCAAAGUAAGUGUAAUGCCCAAAUGUCUUCACUUUUGAAGACUCAAUGCUUUUGUAGGGAUUCCCUGCCAUAACAGAACAAGCAUUUUAAAGUAACCAAAUGGUCAAGUCUGUUGUGUCAAAAGUGUAUUCAUGAAACCAGUUCAGUAACAAAUAUAUUUCCACCCUCAAAACGCCAUUCAAACAUCCUGAGGAGCCUUCUGAAGAGUAGAGUAACUUGCCUUUUAAAAAAGCUAUAUCGAGCAAUAUGCAAAGUCAUAUAUUUUCUAUGGCCAAUACAAUACUGCAAAUUAAAUGACAUUAAGAAAGGAUGAGGCGUUCAGGUUUUAGAUGAGUUAUGCAACUGGCAGUUUAUCCUGAAUCACUGUUUUUACAGAGGUCACGAGGGUCUGUGAACCACCUCACCAACACGGCUUUAGCUGCAGCUCUCACUCAUUUGUCAAAGAUGCUUGUCUCUGCUUUAGUGCAUCUGUUUUUGAAUGUCCCAUGAUUGUUGCUACGGUAACGUUGUGAUCUGAGCUAAUACUUUUAGUGCUGCUGUCGUGUAUUUUGUAUUCAACAUCAAAUUUAACAUUGAUGACAAAAUAUCUCCAAAUUAUGUUCAGACAAUUCUCAAAUUACCUCUGUUGUAGAAUCCUAUUACUUGUGGGCUAUUACUGCUUCUUUAAGUGGUCAUAAUAUUAUGGUUCAUGGCUCUAUAAAAGAACACUAAAUGUUGUCAAAAACACUUCACAUGUGUGAAUUUUGUCAGAGCAGAAAAUAAACCCUACCUUCUACAAAUAAUAAAGCACUUGCUCCACUCGAGUGCCAACAAUUUCCUUCAAAUGAAUUGAGAUGAGAUGAUUUGGUUUGAAGCCUAAAGCCAUGUUGGGGGGUUGGGGAGGGGCUCGAUUUGUGGCAAAAGCUUAUUUCCACAUCAGAGAAAAUGCCUAUCUCUCAAGAAAAUUCAAGUGUCUCAUUCAUAACGUCACGGCGGUGCUCACAAAAGAUGCUUUGAAAGUCCUUUUCAACAAGUUAAUUUGGAAAAGGAAAAGCGAAAAUAAUCCCGACUUCUCAGUCACCACGGCGACCGCACUUGUCCAAUAUUCAAGGUUUUCUGUCAGAACACUCGUCUGCUCGCUGUCCAGUGACUCCUUUGAGAAGGUCUGAGCAAUCCUAAACUAGCCAUAGCUCUUUGUCUGUCUCAGGGUUGCAUGUGAAGUGUCUGUUCAGUAGAAAGAGCCUUCAGUGACGUCCCAGCUUUAGUUCACCUUCAUCACGCCACAAAGAUUGUCUGAUAUCGGGAAUGUACAAGUUUCAUGUCAUGGGAGAAAACCUUACACCAUUUCCUUUAAGUUGCUUUUUUAUGCAAUCUCACUUUUAUAAUGAUUUAAACUACCUUGAGCAUUUUAUUAAUGUUGUGGAGAUGCCAUUAAAAUAAAGGUGUCCACUUUCCUAACGAUGCCCUGGGUCCAUAAAGUGCUGUUAUCGCCCAAACUAAAACUUUCCAUGAAAAUGAACUGUCACGUUUAAAAUGUAAAUACUUUUUAUAUAGCAGCCGUGAGCUGUCACUUUGCAUAUUGUAUAUCAGCGAAUUGGUAACCAAAGUCCACCACAUCCUCCCUUUUCCAUUCUCAUGCCACAGUAAAGAGUAAACAGCUGUUCAUUUCUGUCUCUAGACACUUUGUGUGUGCAGGAAUCUGUUUAUUUUACGACUUUGUAAAGAAAUGUAUAUUAUAUUUUAAUAUGAAGCCAAAAAAAGACACUUAAGUGGCGCAGCAUUUGUCAAGUCCAGUUGUGACGUGUUUGCCUAUAUCCUGUUCUUUGGCGAGCGGUGAAGACUCUCUGCAGUGUUAAGGAUUUAGAGACUGUUUUACAACUUUCUACACAUUUCAUUGCGUCCUUACUCUGUAUAUGUCUGAUAAUUUGUAUAACUGUUAGCAUCUACAGCCCAAUGCUUCAUGAGUCACUGCUGGGACUGUGUGAGCUAAAGGACUGGAUGCCGACAGCAGCGACGCAGCAGAAGUCUGCAGCCGUGGCAGAUGUACAGUCAAGACUGUGUGUUAUCGCCCCUGUCACUGUCUUGGAUGUGUUGUCUAAGCACAUUUAAGUAAUGUAAUUCACCAGCCUCUGCUCACGUCCCACACGCUCUGCUCAGACUCAUCAAACCUGGGCAGGAACACGUCACUUUGCUUUUGUUUAAGGGGUCGUCAUCUCACUGCAGUGUGGGGGAACAAUCCAUCUCACGCUUUUGUCUGCUGUGUGUCAUUAAUAUCCAGUGUCUAUGAUGUGUGUUUGAGGGAGUUUGGGUUUGUGCCAAGCUCUGGUCACUGACAAACUAAACUUUUCUAGUUUUGAAGUCAAAUCAGUAUGUUCUGUAUCUGUGGAUGUUUCUCUUCUGUUCCAGGUUCAUGUUUCUUGCCUUUCUGCAAGUCAAAAAUGCUGUAUUUAUUACAUGCCACAGCGCUUAUGCAAUUGUAUAAUCCUGUUCUGUUUUUUUAUUUGUUUUUUAACCUUUUGUGUUUCUUAUCGUUGAUGUAAAUUGUUGUCAGAACCUUUUGUGGCAAUGGAAAAACUUCUGCUAAAGGAGAUUUUCUGUACCUUUUGGACAAUGAUAUGGAUUUGUGGGUAGAAUUUUGAAAAUUCGUUUCUAAGUGCUUUCAAGUAUUUACUUGGCCUUAUGUAUAUAUCUAUCUAUGACAUUUCAGAAAGGUAUGUAUAGUAAUUCAACCUGAAAUUGGUGUAAAUAAAUUAUAUAUUGUUAC